GGCACUGAUUGCUCGGGCUCCUUGUCGCUAUUAUUCACAGCACGCCGCUCGGUGUCUGGAGGAGGGCCCACACUGCCUUAACCCCUGCCGUGCCGCUGCCUGUCAUGUAGCAGCACGCUCUGCCCCGCAACAAGCCGAACGUGUGGUGAAGGGGGGGGGUGACACGGCACACGCCCCCCGUGCUGCACGGCUGAGGUGAUGCCGCCCGCUCCCCGGCACAGCUUCUCCACGGAUACAGCCCUAUGAUUUGCUGCGCGUGUAUCCGGGUGCGGGACUGACAGGCGGCGCCCGCCGUCAGCGCUGCCUGGAAUGUGAAUACAGCCCUACAGUUCCAACAUGACCACUAUGAAGAGAUGUGUGACCAGACCCGUACUCCAGCGACCUCCCAUUGAAUAAGAUGGAAAAUCAAUCUCGGCACCUACAAUCAUUUUGUCAGCCUACUCGACUGUCAGAAGAUUUGAUGGAGGAAUGACUGCAGGAAUGUGCAGAAAACUGACUUCUAAGCAAAGUGGAAGAAUUGAAAGAAACCAAAAUAAUCUCAUUGAUCUUUGGAUAAUCCUAUCUUUAUUUAGUCCAGCAGCAUUUCCUUACCACUAGGAUUUUGUUGGGUUAUUUAUGAUUGUCCGUAGGUAAUAUUGAAGUUUGCAGAGUUUCUGUAAUAGGAAAAUGUACAUAUUAACAAUACAACUAAAAACAUAAUAUUUGGGUGAUACUGUUCUCCAAAAACUCAUAAACGGGCUCAUCCUGAGCCAAGGAAGCUGCUUAACAGGCAAGCAAGUAUCUGUGAUUUUUAGCACAAAGGGGCAGAGAUAUUAGAUAGGUCUAUUUUGCACCAGACUAUAAUGUCUGCUGCAUUUUUAUUUAGUGUCAUGUUUAUAACUAAUAUUGUUAAAUGUGCCUAAAUCUGUGAUGUCUCGUGUUGAGCAAAGCGAGAUCACCCAUAAUGCUGUGCAGCCAGCCAAUCUGCAGAUAGCCAUCCCUUGUCAUGUCACAGCCCUAGAAAACCCCUUAUCUUGCGCGGUCUCCACCAUUGUCCUGUGAGCUGAGCAUAGGGAGAGAUGUGGCAAGCACUCAUGUGCUAGGGACAGUGUUGUUGAAAACAAUUAGAAGAAUAUUGGAGAAGGAGAGUGCAGGGAGAGUGUAUGUGCAUCACGUUCUAGUGCACUGACAUUCAGAGUUAAUCCAUUAUUUUAGUGAUACUUUUAGUGUGCCUCAGUAUUAAAGGCAGGUGUAAUAUAUAUAUCGCCGCGUGCAUCACGUUUUAGUGCACAGACAUUCAGAGUUAAUAUUUUUUUUUUGUGAUACCGUUACUGUACACCAUGGCCAACAGACAGUUGCUUGGGCCCUCCAAAGGAAUGGGCAGUGGCAAAAAUGUUACUGUAGCUGGCACAAGUAGCAAUAGAAGAAAGAGGGGUGGUAGCAGCCGCAGCAACAGGCCACAGCUGCCACUGUCAUACAGCACGGGUUCCUCUGACACCACGCUUAGCUGGCAUGGCCCAGGAACUGCCCCUAUGCCCUCACCUGUUCAGAACCUACCUAUUGCUUUUGCUGCUCCUUCUCCUAGCCAAGUAAUGAUAGCCACUGGCACUGCCCCGCUUUUCAGCGACAAUGAGUUUUGUGAGGACAGUCAGCAGUUACAGGCCAAUCCAGACUUGGAGGAGAGGUCUGCUGCAGACUCAUUUAGACGUGCAACUACCGAUGAUGACAGUUGGGUGGGAGCACAUGUUGCAAGAGGUCAGCGACAUGUGCAAGAGACAGGUGAGGGUGACACAAGUGACGACCAAACAUUUAUAGAUGACGAUGUAGCCGAUUGCACGUGGAAGCUGGAAGAAGAGGAGGCAUCCUCAUCAUCAGAGGGCAAGGUUGCUAUUGUGCACAUGAGACAGCAGGGUGGCUGCGUGUCCAUAAGCCAGCAGGGUGGAAGCAGUGGGAGAUCUGGAGCCAAACGUGGGAGGGGUACACCGUCUGCUACUCAGAAGACUACCUGUGAGGAACACACUAGCAAUGCAUGGGUUCAUAAAAGCAGCGGCAGGCAGCCGUCAUGCGGUGGGGGAGGGAAAAUUCCAUACUCAGCAGUGUGGGAAUUUUUCACCAAGUCAUUGGGGGACGUUAGUGUGGCUGUAUGUAGGAUGUGUGGGCAGAAGGUGAGGCGCGGCCAGGGUGCUAAUGUUGGCACAACGGCCCUGCGUCAACACAUGGAGCGUCACCAUAAAGUGGCUUGGGAAAACCGUGCCAAUCAUUUAGUGUUACAGCAUGAUGCAGCAACUGCUGCAUCUCCCACCGGCCUGCACCCCCUCUCCAGCAGUCAGGGCUUGUCUACAUCUGCAGAAGGAAGCUAUCCUUCCUUCCCAUCGACUGCAAAGUCUAUUGCUCCUGAUGCUCCUACUCCUACUCCUUAUCACGUGUUUCGACAGCAAUCGAUCACCGAGGCGAUUGCUAAAAGACAACAGUAUGUGUGCACUCAUCCAACAGCGCAGAAGCUGAACGUGCACCUGGCCAAGUUACUGGUACUACAGUCCCUUCCUUUCCAUCAUGCAAAGUGCUAUGUAGUGAACAGAGGAAACAGUUAUGCCCCUGCCUCUGAUGGACCCAGCGAUCACAUAAUCACUGAGUAUAGCAGAGCUACUGGCUCUUACAGGGGCUCCAAUGAAGGGGUGUAA